AUGGCUGCGAGCCCGCGGCUGACGAGCGUAACGAGGGACGACUCUACUCACUGGUACCGGCUGGCUAUGGACAGCGGGUACGAAGGCACCUAUCCCUACGUCUGGCUGAGAGACAACUGCCGCUGUUCGGAAUGCUUCAGUCCUGCCGUCACGCAACGAAAAGUGAAAAUGGGUGACACAAACCCUGAUAUUAAGCCAUCAUCCGAGUCGAUCGUAGCCGACGGGAAAGUCUUGCGGAUCACGUGGCCCAACCAGCACCUCAGCGAGUUCGACGCCGCCUUUCUGAACCGCCAGCGGUUCUCCGAAAUGCAGAAAGAUGCGGUGAGCUGUCCCAAGAGACAGUCGUGGGGAGCUGAUCUGAACGGCAGGAUCCCGACAUUUGACUUCCAGAAACUUCUCCAAGACGACCUGGAGCUGUACAACUGGCUGGAUGUCUUGAACACCAAGGGCCUGGCCGUGGUGAAAGGGGCACCGGCCAAGAAGGGGACUAUGCUCCAACUUGCUGAGAAGGUCGCCUACAUGAAGAAAACCUCUUACGGGGAUACGUGCCAUAUUUUCAGCACCCCGACAGCCGAGCGUCUGAUGUACUCCCAUCAAGCUCUUCCUCUUCACGUGGACCAGCCGUACAUGGACUACGCCCCAGGAAUUGAAAUGCUCCAGUGCAUUCAACGCGUCAAUGUUCACGGUGGUGAAAGUCAGUUUGUGGACGGGAUGCGUCUUGCUGAACAGUUGAAAGAGGAGUCCCCUAAGGCGUAUUACCUACUGACGACUCGAGAAGUAGACUUCGAAACACGUGUAACCUGUUACGACUGGCUGAAGCCAUUUCACAUGAAGAAAUCAAGACCAACCAUACAAUUGGACAAACAUGGUGAGUUCCAAGCCAUCAACUACGAUACCAGCUUUCGAUCGCCCUCCAUGUCUCAAGUUCCAGUCGGGGAGGUCGCUGAUAUCUACGGAGCUCUGAAGCUGCUUUUUGACAUAAUGUACAGGCCGGAAAAUGUAGUGCAUUACCUGCUGGCUGAAGGGGAGAUGGCCACGUUUGACAACCGUCGCCUGCUACACGCUCGCACCGCCUUCACCAUCUCUGGCGAAGGAGGGCGCCUUAUGGAGUGCGGCUACCUCGACUGGGACGAGGCUCGAUCGCGCAUGCGCAUUCUCCAGGAAAGUCUUGGCCUGUAGCAAAACCUUCCUCUGA